CAUAAGAGAAAUGCCUAUUUAUUCCCAAGGGUAUGCAGUUCUCCCCGUCGUCGACCCUAAACUUGAUCUUCCAAUAUGAGGAUUGUUCGUAGCUUUACGGCUAGGGUGGGGAUCCAAGCCUCCUACCGGGAUUAUUGAUUUUUAUUUACACCUGAAUCACCUUAGGUAAAUCUCAACUCUCCCUCUCUUCCUCUUCACCAUCGCUGCCUCUCAAGGUCACAUAAACCUUGGCGCGCAAUGGUAUUUUCUCCGUCUUCAUUUUCUUCUUAGAACAUACCACUAAGUUAUUUACUCGCGUUCUGGGAACAUGGCUUCCCACUCGUCGAUUGGCCGGCCGGGUGGCUCCGCUGGCAGCUCGUCCAAUGCAUCGCAUCACUACGACCCCCAGACCGGCCAAACCUAUCGAGAAUUCACAUCAAAGCUGCAGAGCUUACCGCGAAAUAUCGGUUGGGAACGCGAGGGUGUGCUCGAAUCCGAGGAAGGAUCUUUUAUCUCCAAAACGAAGGGUGCUCGCAGCUUUAUUGAUAUGUUGGUCACGGUCGUCGCACGCAAUACUCACCUUCUGGAAUUUCAUCACCUCGAGCCCGUCCCGCCUCAUAUACUCCUUCUCAUCUGGGUGGAAAUGGUUAAUGAUUACAAGCGAAUGCCACUGCACUCGUUCAUGAUCCUCUCCGGGCUCCUCAGCUACCACCAGCGGACGAGCGAGGGAAAGUGGGAUUUGCCCAAAGACGUCUACAAGUUUCAUCAGACUUUGAAGCUCGCAGGUAGCCCGUUUAGCAAUUUCACGAAGCCGCUCAUGAGUAAACCUUUCGACUUCAUCGUCCACCUUACUCUUGCCGGUAAUGAAGUCUGCUUCGAGAACCACGAACUCUUGUCGUUGACGAAGCUCAAGAACCUUGGCGUGCUCGAGAUCGUACAGCCACGUCCUCUGCAGGAUGCAUCCAAUUUCCCUCGAGUUAAUGACUCUGUCCUCAGACAGUGGGCUAUCACCAAGGAUGCCUUCCCCCUCCUCCGCGUCUUGAGAAUUUGGGGCGACUAUUUUACCACUCGUCGCACUCUUAGUUAUCUGGACAGAUUCCCUUCUCUUCGUGUCUACGACGUCGCCGGCCUGAAGAACGAUUGGCGGGAUGCCGCCGCUGGUCCCUCGUGGAAGAUGAUGUCCUAUCAAUGGGGUUGGACUCUGCUUGAAUCAAUCUCCGAGAUCAUCGAAUCGCUCUCUACGUCGUCAAUUUACGGAGAUACCAGCAAGGCUUACAGUCUUAUGGCAUAUUGGGACUCCGGUGUCGAUAACGACCUGCUUCGCGAGUUGGAACUCUUCUCAGCCGUCGUCGAAAGGAUUGUUGAUGACGAAGAGGCUGCCCGUCUAAGGGAAAGCAUAUUGCCUGACAAAUAUCAGACCUAUGACUUUAAUUAUUAUCUCAAGCAGGGAAAAGCCGGUGAUCGAACUGGACGCUGGGUUUGGGGAUAUAUGCUUUACUGUCACAUCGGUCGAUUGACUGGAAACAAGGAUCUGGUGGAGCAAGGUAUGCACGAUCCCCGAGAGUCCUUUGUUAUCGACGACAACCUCAUCCCGCCGCGACCCUACAUCGAGCUUAACAUAGGGGACUUCGAGGACACGGACAAGCGUGGCAAGUUCCAGUCUCAUUGCACCUUUACGCGAGCGAUCGAACAGCCGUCGAAGAAGAGACCGGCUUCCCCUGCCGAUCCCACUCCUUCUCCAGCUCCUAAAAAACCGAGUCAUCCAGGUCCUCCACGAAAAUUGACUAAGAAGCAGAGAUUCUUUGACCUGAGUGACCUUUAGGAACUUUUCAUGUUUGAAGAGAGACCUCAAAUGAACUUAUUUUCCUCCCUUUUCUUACCCAUUCUUCUCCUUUUCAUCUGUAUUUUCCCAACUGCAUACAGAUGAAUCGCGAGUUGCACAGGGGGAUAACAUUUGAUCAGUCGCCUCUUUUCAUAAAGGUGAGGUGGACUGGGAUAGCCUUGGUCUACCUAACAUGGAGCACACUGAUUCUACCACG